UUAAAAUGAACCAAUGUUCAAAGACUAUCCAAAAACGAUGUUAACGUGACGUCAGCUGAAUAUGAAAGGAUUCUACACUCAAAAUGUAUAUACGAGUUCAAGGAGUUAAAGGGAAUAAAGGAAUAAAAUUAGUGCAGUGCUUGACGUUGGGGGUAGUAGACGCGCGCUGUUAUUUGCUCGUUUUCCCGCCAGUUUUCCCGCCAAUAACUAUGUUUUUAGUGGUGUUAUUCAUAUUCGUCGAUUUUGUCACAUGUUUCGAUUCUAGAAAUGUAGUUUACACUGUUGUCAGCCAGGCUGAGCCUUAUCAUGCGAGUGUGGCUAUUCGGCUCAAACAAGAUAUAGAGCACCAAGUUUUAGAACUGGAGGGGCGGCGUCCUAUAGUCCAUAUAACUCAUGAGGAUUUCCCGGUCGGGGGCGCCUGGACGAUCAUACCACUUCUGCGACCGCUUACGGAGAAGCAUCGCGGCACUGAUGUGCGCUGGGUGGUCUUCCUGGAGCCACACACUGCUGUUAGAUGCGGGAAAUUGUUGGAAGCACUUGCUGCGGCAGAUGGUCAAAAGGAUACGAUGUGGAUCGGUUACCCUUUGAGUGAUGAAGAGCCGACGAUCAUCCAUCACUUUACGUUCUACGAGGAGUUGCAGGAAGAUGGAGGUUUCGUUUAUCCGAACUUUGCAAGUGGCUUCGCUAUGAGAAUUACACUAAUGAAAAAACUGCUAAAGGAAAUAGAGAGCGGUGAUAAGAGAUUGGAGGCAGAUUUCUCAAUAGACGCAGCUUUCGAGUUGGCGCAGCUUGUGUACGGAGACGUGAGCCGGCCCGGACCACUGCUCACACCUGACUUGAGGUUUUGUGUGGUGUCGGCCGAUAACUGUGCCACUUACCCUAGACCUUUUGAUUUAUGUGGCAGUGCCAUACCUGAGGAGACGAUAUUGUUCGCGGUGAAGACCUGGAGCGGCUUUCACGCGACCAGAGCCAGCGUCGUGAAGAAGACGUGGGGGAAACACGUCACUAAUCUUUACUUUUUUAGUGACAAAGCGGAUGCUUCCAUCCCGACUAUAGAUAUAGGCGUGCCCAACACUAAGACCGGACAUUGCGCAAAAACAAUGGCCAUAUUGAAUCGUGUUGUUGAAAUGAUUGAAGACAUGACAAACAUUCAGUGGAUAUUCCUAGCUGAUGAUGAUACUAUUUUAGGUGUGCAGAGACUGUGCGAGGUGUUGAGCUGUUACCGCGGUGGUGCAGCGCUCACCGUGCUCGGCGAACGCUACGGAUACGGAUACGGCAAGAGAGAGACUGCUGCUAAAGGUUACGACUAUAUAACUGGUGGUGGGGGCACGGUGUUCAGUGUGGGUGCGGCGCGUGCGCUGCGCACCUGCGUCUGCGCUGCGCACUCCGCACCUGAUGAUAUGACUCUCGGAGCAUGCGCCAAACGACGUAAUAUCACCCUUACACAUUCACCGCUUUUUCAUCAGGCGCGGCCGCAGGAGUACAGUCGCGAGGUGGUGUCGCGCGCGCGUCCCCUCUCCUUCCACAGACACGCGCCCGACCCCCUGCGUCUCUACGCCGCAUGGUUCUUACACGACGACCGUGCGCGUGCGCAACAUCGCGCCAGGGACGAGCUCUAGCUCUCACUUACACUGACACAUCUUACUAAUAUU